AUGCGUGCUGAGACGAAUAAGCAAGGACCAAGAACCACGAAUGGAGAUAUAUCCAAAGGAAUAAGUGACAUGGAAGUACUUGUCAAAGACAGGAAAUCGUACUUGCAGAAGGAGUACAAGAUUCUCACUGAACAUAUGAACACAUACAUGGGAAAAGUGGAGCACUUCUUGCAGGAAAAUAAAUUCCUAGAAAAGGAAGCCCAACGGAAUCAGGAAGAGUGCAACGCUUACCUCUCUUACAUAACAAAACACAGCCAGAAGUGCCAGAAUCUGAUAAUAACAUUAAAUGACCAGAAUCACACUGAUCUGUCUCAAGUCCAGAUGCAGAAAGAGAAGCUAAUCUCACAGUAUACAGAAAAAGAGAAGGAAGUAAGGAGUGCUCUGAUGAAUAUGGAGACAAAGUACUCUCUUAUGAACAAGGAGGUUGAAGACCUGCAGCCUUUCAACGGUCCAUCUGUUCAGCUGGAACAGAUGAAAAAGAUUAAAGAGCUGGAGAAGGAAUUGUUGGUCACAAAGAUACAGCAUGCAGAUGAAAUGCACAAAAUCAAGAGCAGAUUUCUGCAGGCCAAGGCUGACUGUGAGAUGGACUUUCAUCAGAAGAUCCAGGUUCUCACCAAGAGAGCAGAAGAAGCAGCGAUACAAUCUCUAAUUCUGCAUAUCAAACAAGUAAAAGCAGAGAAUUGGCAUCUGCGCCAGGAAUUGCUCAGACUCAUCCAAUAUUCAAAAAUCCUUAAAGAAACCAAAGUUCAACUGAGAGAGCAGCAGCAGCAGCUUCUUCGGGAGAACCAAUACACUCAGGACAUGGCACACAUGCGCCACUGGUUACACCAGCAUGAGGCACACAAUGCAACUGGCAAAACCUACAGCGCUCACAGCCGUUCAGAUGUGUCCAUUAACCUAAAAAAACACUCCUCCACUCCUCACUCAUGCCAAUAUAUCAGUAGACAUAGCUGGACAUAG